AUGCUUCGACCACUAUUCUUAACAGCUGCAUUUGCUACACUAGGUUUUGGUCUACCCGCAAUUGACAAGGGUCCCGUGGGAAUGGAUCCUACCAAAGCCUUCAACGGCUGGAUGACCUGGUAUGACAAAGAGGGCGGCCUGGGCAUCAAACCUGGUGCUUGCGGAGAAAUCAAUUACAAAAACCAGAAAAUCGUCGCACUGAACAAAUAUCAGUUCGCCGAACUAAGCAACAGUGCAAACCCAAACAACGCGGCUGUUUGUCACAAGAAAAUCCGCAUCAAGCACGAAGGCAGGGAAACAGACGCAGAAGUCACUGACCAAUGUGAUGGUUGCGGCUAUGGCGACAUAGAUGGCACGCAGGCUGUCUUCAACGAGCUUGUGGGUGGGCUGGGAGCCGGUAAUGUGUCUGUCACUUGGUCUUUCAAGUAG